AUGGAUGAAGAUCCAUCAAUUGUAAAUGAUCCAAAAAAUAAACAAUUUAAUGAAGAUAUAAAUUCAAUAUUAUUAUUGUUUUCGAAAUCAACAGAAUGGGCAGAUUUUGUAAAAUGUUUAUCUAAAUUUGGGAAGUUAUUUGAUAAAUACCCAAAAUCAACAUAUAUUCAAUCGAAAUUAAUGGUAUCUAAAAGAUUGUCCCAAUGUUUAAAUCCAUCACUACCAAGUGGUUGCCAUAUGAAGGCAUUAGAAACAUAUGAUUUAAUUUUUACAAGAAUUGGGCAAGAAAGAUUAUCUAGAGAUAUUUCAAUAUAUGCAACAGGUUUAUUCCCAUUAUUUCAUUUAGCUAGUACAAAUGUCAGAGUUAAAAUUAUACAAUUAUAUGAAAAACAUAUUAUACCAUUGGGAUCAAGAUUAAUUUCUUGUUUAAAUGGUGUGGUAUCAUCAAUUUUACCAGGUUUAGAGGAAAACCAAGGUGAAGCUUACGAACAAGUAAAAAAUCUUUUAGAUAGUUUAUCACAAUCUACUGCUACAACAUUAUUUUAUCAAGCACUUUGGAAAACUUUAAUUACAACACCUUAUAAUCGUUUAUCAGCAUUAAAUUAUUUAUUAUUACGUUUACCAAAACAAACCGAUGUAUCAAAUCAAUUGAUGUAUUUACCCGAAAAAGAUACUUUGGUUUCACAAGCUAUAGCAAAUUCAUUAUCAGAUUCUAAAGUUUUAGUGCAAAGAAAUACAUUGGAAUUAAUUACAGUUCAUUUUCCAUUAUCAUUAAAUAUAUUUUCAAUGGAGGCAUUGGAGAGUUUGGUAAGAUCAGCGAUUAUGGUUGUUACACAUAAAGAUAUGUCAUUAAAUAAAAGAUUAUAUACAUGGUUAUUGGAAGAUAAGUCAUCAAAUCAGCCAUUAUCAAAUAGAGAAUACUUUGAAAAGUAUGGUAAAGCUCCAACAGUGAAUGCAUUUAAAAGAAUAUUUAGAAAAACUCUUGACUUUUUGGAAUAUUUCGAUAGUAAUCAACAGUUUAUAAAUUUAAAUAGUACAAUGGGUGGCAAUAGUAAUAAUAAUCUUAGUAGUUUCUUAAUAAAUAGUAUUGUAAUAAAUAAUACCCCAGUGUCACCAUCCAACGAUAAUAGUAAUAAUAAUAGUAAUAAUAGUAAUCAACCAAUACAACAAAUUAAUAACAAAGAGGCUUUACUAAAUUUAAAUAAUAUAAUAUUGCCAUUUAAAGUUUUAAUUUAUUUCUUUGAAAAGGAAGAGUUUCAAGUAAUUAUAAAAGAUAUUUUACCAGAUAUUUUAAAAUAUAUUUAUAUCUUCAAAGAUGGUUACUCAUUUUCAAAACAAAUUGUAAAAUAUACUGAUGACUUACUAGAGUCGAUUGCAGAUCAAGGUGCAAUUUGGGAGUUCUUUGGUCAAAUGCUUUUGGAUCAACCAAGUUUAGAGUCCAUCAAAUUGGUUGAAUGUAUUUUGGAUAUCAUGCACCUAUCCAAUGAAGAGGUACAAUCAAGUUAUCUUCCAGGUUUACUUGGAACUAUGAUCAAAUCAUUAUACAACAUUUUGGAGUUACAAGAUCAUCAAUUAAUUAUAGCUUAUACCCAACUAUUAUUAAAAAUAACAGGUAAAAUUAUUAUUGACACACCACAAUCUUUAAAUUGUUUAAUACAGUCGAUUGAAUCCUAUCAAGAUUAUUUCCUUAAAAUUUCAAAUUAUAUUCAAGAACAAUAUGAAAUAUUAAAUCAACAAAGUGGUAAUAUAGUGCAGCAAUCACAACCACUUCAAAACAAUAUAUUAUUAUCAUCACCUCAGGCUAUACCACAACCAACACCACAAUCACCAACAUCAUCACCAAAAUCAUCCCUCAAUAAUAAUACAGUUCAACAAUAUCAAACUCAACAACAACAACAACAACAGCUAAAUUCAGAAUUAUUUUUAGUUUUAGAUUUAUCUUUCCAAUUAUUAGUUGGCUUAAUUUCACAAUUUAAGAGUUCUACCACAUCCCCAAGCCAGUCACCUCAACAAACCUCCCCAGCAUUAGAGUCUACACCAAAAUGGUUUUAUCCAGUUUUAAGAUUUUGUGAAUCUGAUAACCCUUUCAUAUCCUGCUUGGCCAUCAAAACAUUUAUCAAUUUGGCAAAUAAACAUGGAGAUAUGACAAUGAGCAGGUCUUUCAAGAAUAUUAUUACCAGCGAACAUUUUAAUAAAUUAUCAAAGAAGCUCUGGUCGCUCUUAGACCCAACCUACAGCACUAUUCAUUAUCGUGUUGCUUCACUUUUCUGCUCAUUAAGAGAGCUCAAUGAACAUGCAGUUAGCGUAGUUAUGGCAGAUGCAAUGUUGGAUUCAGAUUUAUCUAAUCGUAUAGAGGGCUAUCAAAAAUUUGCUCUCUUAUGGAGAUUAACUGGUGAAUUGGGUAACUCUUCUUUGGCCUUUUCAAAUACACUAUUCUUAAUGUUAGAUUCUCUUAGUAAUGACGAACCAGUCAUUCGUUUAACUGGUCACACUUGGUUAGCCGAUUCGAUUUCCAGAGCUGAAAGAAUUUUAGAUCCACUAUUAAAGAUACUUUUGGACAAAUCUACCAUUAGAUUUAAUAACUUAUACCAGUCAGUAUAUGAUACACGUAGGGUAAUUUACGUUUUCAAAAUAUUAAAAACCAUUAUCGAGUGUGAUUUCAAAUUAUUCAUUCAACAUGUCAUCGAAAAACCAAUCUCUAAAGAUGUUAUAGCUUUAAAUGAUCAACAGGCAAUGAACUAUAGAGAGUCACCAAAAUUACAUCAAAAUUAUAUAUCUAAUCAAACAAAUUCACCAACAUUAGGUGGUGGUGAUAGCACAUAUAACGGUUUUAAAAAUAAUAAUCAACAACAACAACAACAACAACAACAAAAUCAACAACAUAAUCAACAACAAAUGGAGGCAUCGUCAGAUUUCUUAUUUAUGCCAACAAACAGUUACAUCGAUUUAUUAAUUAUUGUAGCAUUAAGAUUUAUUCAAGGUCAAGUUCCAACCUCAAUCGCAAGCCAUCAUAAUGGUGAUACUAAAUCUUUUGUUUCACAAAAUGAGGUUGUUCAAAUCUGCGCAGCAGAGUUCCUUCAAUACCUUUUAGCAAAGACUUCUAUCCAACCAAGCAAAGCCCAAGAUAUUGCAAAUUAUAUUCAGGAUCCAAUUUUACAAAAUUUAGCUCAAGCAGUUUCAACCUCAAACAUGGUGCUCCAAGUUCAUUUAUUAUCAUUAUUAAGAUCAAUUGUAUUGAUUGAUUCAACCUCAUCCUAUGUAUCAGCUUCACCAACCUUUUCAUUAUCACCAUCUUUAGAUAAUCAUCAUCAUCACCAUCACCAACAACAACAGCAAUCAAAUCCAUUAUCUAAUUCAAUGGGAUCCACAUCAUUAACUUCAAUAACCCAGUCACAAAUGUUUUUACAAACUACUGUUGUUGGUUUAAUUCAACCAUCCACUAGAUUUAAUAUUAGAUUCUAUUGGUUAGAUUUUAUAACUUUCUGUUUACCAAGAAUGACAAAUUCUGUACAUCUUUCAACUGUUGUAACUACUAUAGUUAAUUGUCUCCGUGAUAUUUUGGGAUCUUUUGAAUCAAGAACACUUUAUGAUAGUAUUACUUCUCGUGAUAUCAUUGUAAUUCUAAAGAGUUUAACUUUUAUCUUCAAUUUUUCAAUCUUAGAACCAGCAACAUCAUUCGAUAAGGUUAACCAAGAGGAAACACAACAAAGCCAUCGUUCAGCACUUGGUGUCAAAAUAUUUACAGAUUUUGUUAAAGAUGUUUUCACAAGUGAUAUUGAUGCUUCAGUUACUCUCACACCAAUUGGCCAAGUUAGAAAGGAUAUUUUUGCAGUACUUGCUGAUGUAUUUUCACCAUUCCUAAAGAUUUGGGGUCAGCCAAAAUCAAGUGGUCAAAACAAGAUUUCAAUUUCAACUGAUGUCUCUUCAGAUACACAUAAUAAAUUUGCAAUUCAAGAUUUAAUUCUUCAUAUUUUAGACCCAUUCAUGUUAAAAUACCCACAACAGUUUAUUGAAGCUAUGGUAGAGUUAUGGCAAAGAAACGAAGUAUCGCCAUCGAUUGCAAUGAUUUCAUCGAGCCCAAGUAUUUCAAAUAUUUCAUCAAUAUUAAAUAGUGGUAGUAGUAAUAAUACACCAAACACACCUAGUAUUGGUACCCCAACUCCUAGAGAUUUAGAAUCGAUUCAAAAUAGAAAGGUUAUUAUGGAAAUUAUCAAUAGUUUAGAGUCAAUUAAAGAGGAGUCAAUAUUCAGUGCAGCUCAUCAAAUUCUUGGUAUAAUUCGUAAUCAAGAACGUUCAAAGCUUUCAAAGACUAUUUUACACAAAUUAACAAUGAAAGAAAGUUCUCUCUAUGAUUUUGUUUAUAAAUAUAUUGAAGAGUACAGCAGCCAAUUUGAUGGGGUAUCGAUUGCAUUCCUAUCAUUUAUCAAAGAGUCUCUUCAUAGUUCAAAUCCAGUUACUUUUGUAUCACUCUUACAAAUUUUAAAUAUAUAUAUCAAAAAAUUAACACCUGAUGAAAAAACAAAAAAUCCAAACCGUGCUAAAUUAAACAAAAGAGAGUUACAAGAUCUAUUACCAAAGAUUGUCGAUGCAUGCUUUUUAAUUUCUGGUAGAGGUUUUAGUGAUAUCUCUGCAAUGUAUAUACCACCAUCAUCGUCAACUCAAAGUAACUCAAAUUCAUCAAUUGGUUCAGGUAAUAGUUUGGCAAAUACUCCUCCAUCCUUAGCACAUACUAGCUCGUCAUCAGAUAUUUUGGCUAAUAGUACACUAUCAUUCACUUCAUCACCACUUACAUUGGGCUCGAAUGCUCCUCCUAAUAGAAGCUCUGUUGAUUUUAGAAUGUUCCAAGAAAGUGGUUAUAUUCCAUCUUCAGUAUUACAAACCUUACCAUCAGCCUACACUUCUAGUAGUACCCCUAUUGGUGAGGAUGCCAGGGGUCGUUCAUCAUCAGGAGGUGAAUCAGACCCAUCAAUUUCAGCUCCAACAAAAUUAAAGAAAGAAGCUAAUCGUUUGAAAUCACAAGUUAGUCUCAAAGCAUUGAUUUCAUUGGCCAAUGUUUUAGCACCAUUAUUGGAUUCUAUUUUCGACGAUAAAGAAAAAAUCAAUACAAUUCUUGCAAAUUCACUCCACAAUGUUUCUGCCUAUCUAAGAGCUAAAACUCCAGAUGUCACCCGUGAUAAUACUUUUUAUACUGCAUGUCUUUUCAGUUCAUUAUCCGACUAUUCAUACAACUUAAAAUCAAUUAAAAAGGAAGUUAUCGAUUUAUUCCAUGACCAAGAUUUUUUCAAGAAUGACUUGAAGACCUUGGAGCAAAUUAGUAAAUUCCUCAAUCAAACAAUGAUUCACGAUAAGACUGCUCUUAGUGAUUUUACAAAAUUACUUCAUAAGCCAUGGUCAUCUUCAUCAUCAUUAAUGUUUACAAGCAAAGAUACCGAGAACUUAAAUAGGGCAAAGCAAUUGAAACGUUUAAGUUUCCUCAUUUACUCUGGAACAGAAAAUCAAUACCUCUCUAUAUUACCUUUAGUCCAGGAAAAGAUUGUCGAAGCACUUAAAAUCCCAAAUGCACCAGUGCUUCAUCUUCAAGUAUUUUUCUGUUUACGUGUACUUUUAGUUAGAAUCUCACAUCAAAAUCUUCGUUCCUUCUGGCCAAUUAUUAUUACAGAAUUAAUUGAUAUCCUUUCACACUCUGAUAACCACGACUUGGUAUUUGCAGCAUGUAAAUUUUUAGAUUUGGCUUUAACACUUCCAACAAUCACCGAGCAAUUCAAUUUGUUUGAAUGGGUAUUUGUCAAAGAUUGCUUUGUUAAACACUCACAAGAACCACCAUUCCAUCCAUUUGUUGACCAAAUCGCAAAUAAUAAACAACCACCAACCAAAGAACAACAAGCAGUUCAACAAGCUAAUAUCGAUACUCAAUUGGUUUUAACAUCAUCAGGUAUAAUAGAAACUCAAUUGUUUGAUGCACCAUAUUUACGUCCAUGUAUAAUGCUAAGAAAUGUUAACGAGCUUCCUUCAGGUUUUAAUGAAUUUAAAUCAUUCCUUUCAAACUUUUCAAACUGUAUCUAUAGUAGACAUUUACAAACAUCGAAGAAAUCUGUAGAUUAUAAAUUUAUAAAUGAAUUAUUAUGUUUCGACUUUUGUGAAUUGGAUACUUCUAAAUUAUCAAUUACACCAGAUUCAAUUUUAACAUUUGAAAAGAAACAAUAUCAUCAAAGACAACACAUUAAAUUACAACUAAAAUUAUUAGAGGAACAACAAUUAGAAUUAGAACAACAACAACAACAACAAAAUAAUCAAGAAAAUAAUCAAGAAAAUAAUGUAAAAUGGAUAAAAUCAAAUCAAAUUAAUAAUACAUCACCAAGAUCAAGAGCUAUUUCAAUUUCAAGAGAUUUUGAUCACUUAAAUUUAAAUAAUAAUAAUAAUAAUAAUAAUAAUACUACUAAUGAUAGUAAUAUUGACGAUAACACAAAUUAAAAAUAAAUAAUAUGUUAUUAUUAUAUAUAAACU